GCCGGGGGCGCCGCCGCCAUGGGGGAGCGGCCGCGGGGCAGCGGCGCCGCCGCCCGGCGCUGAGCGACCCGCCGAGCUGGGAGCCCGAGGAGCCGCGCUGGGAGGACCCUCUCCACAGGAUGUUCUCUCCACCAAAGACCUCCCUGUGAGCGGCGAUGAUGACAGUCCCGGCGGGACCUCGGGAAGCACUAACAUUUCAGUAGCCCUGCACCCUUGGGUGGCCGCCUUCCCCUCCUUCUCCGCCCCCCGCCCUCCCUCCGCCCCCCGGGAUGGUGUAUUAACCAAGAAGAGCCCUGCUUCUGUCCUCCUCGCCCACCCAUUUUCGGCAGCUCUGGGAUUUGUAUGGCAGCAGCGUAACCGUGGAGAGGCCGGGGUAUCACAAACUUAUGGAUUUUGAUAAGAGAGGAGGGAAAGGGGAGCUGGAGGAAGGUAAAAGGAUGUCCAAGACAGGUGGAGGAAGGAGCGGUCAUGGAGGCCGGGGCACUGGAACCAACUCGGGAGUGCUGAUGGUGGGUCCCAACUUCCGCGUCGGCAAGAAGAUCGGAUGCGGCAACUUCGGGGAGCUCCGUCUAGGAAAGAACCUCUACACCAACGAAUACGUAGCGAUCAAAUUGGAACCCAUAAAGUCCCGGGCCCCCCAGCUGCACCUGGAGUAUCGGUUCUACAAACAGCUCGGCAAUGCAGAAGGAAUUCCUCAGGUUUACUACUUUGGCCCCUGUGGGAAGUACAACGCCAUGGUGUUGGAGCUGCUGGGCCCCAGCCUGGAAGAUCUCUUUGAUCUGUGUGAUCGCACCUUCACGCUCAAGACUGUCCUGAUGAUCGCGAUCCAGCUGAUCACACGGAUGGAGUAUGUCCACACCAAAAGCCUGAUCUACAGAGAUGUGAAGCCGGAGAACUUCCUGGUGGGGCGGCCGGGCAGCAAGCGGCAGCACACCAUCCACAUCAUCGAUUUUGGCCUGGCCAAAGAGUACAUUGACCCCGAGACCAAAAAACACAUCCCCUACCGAGAGCACAAGAGCCUGACAGGGACAGCACGUUACAUGAGCAUCAACACCCACCUCGGGAAAGAACAAAGCCGCAGGGACGACCUGGAAGCAUUAGGGCACAUGUUUAUGUACUUCCUCCGCGGGAGCCUUCCUUGGCAAGGCCUCAAGGCCGACACGCUGAAGGAGAGGUACCAGAAGAUCGGCGACACCAAACGAGCCACGCCGGUGGAGGUGCUCUGUGAGAACUUCCCAGAGGAGAUGGCCACGUACCUGCGCUACGUGCGGCGGCUGGAUUUCUUCGAGAAACCCGACUACGACUACCUGAGGAAGCUCUUCACAGACCUGUUCGAGAGGAACGGUUACGUGUUCGACUACGAAUACGACUGGGCAGGGAAGCCUCUGCCCACGCCCAUUGGCACGAUGCACAGCGAGGUGCAGGUGCAGCCCCCGAACAGAGACAAAGCACAGCCACACCCCAAACACCAGGUGAUGAGCUCCACUAACGGAGAGCUGAACACAGACGACCCGACGGCAGGACACUCGAACGCCCCCAUCACAGCCCCCACCGAGGUGGAGGUGACAGACGAUACAAAGUGCUGCUGUUUCUUCAAGAGAAGGAAGAGGAAAACCACCAAGCGUCGCAAGUGAGCCGGGGCCGGGCGGAGCCGCGACGGCUCCUCUCCCUCUGGCCGUGGCUGGAUGUUGACCCGCGGAGCCGGCGGCCCCUCGGGCUGGACGGGGACGGGGGGGCCGGGCCGGACGGGCUCCCCCAGCGCCCCACGCGCAGCUGGGGAGCGGGGCCUCCCCAAACUGCUUGUCCUUUCCUCCGCCACCCGCCCAGCGCGUGGCCGUUUACUCGAACCAAGCCCAACUUCGCUGAAGUUCCUGCGUCCGUCAAACAGAAAAAAAAAAAAAAGGAAGGAAAAAAAGGAAACCGAAACAAAUCCACGGCGUCACUUGCUUUGAGUCUAUAACUAGUCUGAAAUGGGGAUCAACUACAGACUCUGACCCGUCGCUGUCAGAAGAAGACGAAGACAAUUUCGAGAGCAGUGGGCUAAGGAGGAAUUUUUUUUUCUGUUGCUUCUUUGUCUCUUAAGUUAAUUUAAAGUGAGUCUCGGUGCA